AUGUUCUCAUAUAAAUUUAAAUCAUAUCUCUCUAUAUAUUUAUUUAUCUCAAUCUAUCUAUCUAUCUAUCUAUCUAUCUAUCUAUCUAUCUAUUUUAUAAUAGUCUUUUAUUUUGACAUAUCAAUGACAUAUGUCAAAAUAAAUGUUUUCAAAUUUUCUCAUCCAAAUUUAAAUCAUAUCUGCCAUCUCUCUGUCAUAUUUGAACCUUUACAUCUAUCUAUCUAUCUAUCUAUCUAUCUAUCCCAGUCUGUUGAUCAAUAUAUAUCUAUCUAUCAAUCUUCUUCCUUCUUCUCAUCGUCCUCCUCUUUCUUCUUCAUCUGCUUCUCACCUUCUUCUAAUUUUCUUCUUCUUCUUUUAACCUUCUUCUUCUUCUUCUUCUUCUUCUUCUUCUUCUUCUCAUACUCCCUUUUUUCUUUGCUUUCUUUUUCUCCUCCUCCACAUCCUCUUCCUCCUCCUUCUUCCCUUCUUCUUCUCCUCCACAUCCUUCUUUUUCUUCUUCGUCUACUUCGCUUUCUUCUACUCUUUCUUUCUUUCUUUCUUUCUUCUUCUUCUUCUUCUUCUUCUUCUUCUUCUUCUUCUUCUUCUUCUUCUUCUUCUCCUCCUCCUCCUCCUCCCCUUCUUCUUAGCUUUCAUCUUCUUCUCCUUUUUCUUCCUUUCUUCUUCUUCUUCUUCUUCUUCUUCUUCUUUUUUCUUUUUCCUCCUUUUUUUUUCACCAUCUUCUUCUCCUUUUCUUUUUCUUCUCACCAUUCAAAUAUUUAUUCUCCCGAUGAUGGCCAUUUUGUCCGAAACUAG